AUGGACGACCCAGAAGCUCAGGAAAGACUGGAGAAAUAUGUAAGCAGCUUGUCAAAGGGAGAAGCUGCGAGAGGCCUCUCAAUUGCCAAGCUUCACAAAGGUUUUCUGCUCUGCGAUUUCAGAGUUCAUCAUGGCGUCUCAGAUGAAAAUGGGAAGUGGCAUGGAGGAGCAAUGGUCACUGUGAUGGACGUCAUAGGCGGCUGGACGGCCUCCACCUUCACAUCACAAGAACACGUCUCUGUUUAUCUCUCUCUCUCUUUCUACUCAAAACCCAACCUCCAGGAAAUGGUGGAAAUAGAAGGGAAGGUGACUGGCCAGAAAGGGAGGAUGACGUCGGUGAGGGUGGAGGUGAGGAACAAGGUCCGUGGUGGACAAAUGGUUGCGUCCGCCGACAUGUGGGUGGCUCCUUCUCCUGCAAAUAAGAAAAGAGUUCAUCAAACAAACAAAAAGCCUCUCGCUUCCAAACUUUAAUUAAGUAAUCAUAGAAUACGAGGUAAAUAUAUAAA